CCAAUUAUCUUCUGCAUCACGAAUCUUCAUGGAGCUUAGUUGUUUACUUGUUGAUAUUAUAAACUAACAAUUUGUUUGAAAAUAAACUCUAAAAUGAUGCAUAUACUCGUUCUUUCUACUAUACUAGUAGUAGUAUAUUGUGCACCAUUAUCAAAGGACAGUGACGCCACAAUAUUACACUACAACUUCACAAACGAUGGAAAAGGCAACUAUAAAUACAGAUUUGAAACUACAAACGGAAUAAUAAGAGAGGAAUCGGGUGAAGUAGUCGGCAUGGGUUUGCCGAACGAAUAUAUAUUCAUAAAAGGCUUAUACUCAUACAUAAAUCCGGACGGAAUAUUGGUAACUGUGAACUAUAUUGCUGACGAGAAGGGAUAUAGGAUUAUAAAGCAACCGUCGGUUAAUACAGGCUUUGCCUACUCGAGCAUAACUCCAAAUGUUUUAGCAACGCUUCUGGGGAAGUAAAGAAGGUUGUGUUAACGGCACUCACUUAGCUGAGCGUAUUAUUUUUGUUUCAAUUGCGCAAAUUGGCAAAUAAUGCUAAUAUUAAACAAGUGUUUUGUCUACUCAUCUAUGAAAGGACUCAAUAAGGCAAAUAUGUGUGUUGACCGUUCACACACAUUUUGCUCAAUCGGUAGCAUUGUAUUGUUGUUGCGAUAUUGGGAAAGUGUUGCUUUCAGGUUCAACCCACAUGUCGAUUAUUUUAAUGAUUAUGACAGCUCACUAUUCACUUAGUAUAAACAUAACAUAAAGCGUAACUUGAAUCAAAACAAUAGAAUUAUAUAAUGAUACCUAUUU